AUGAAGAAGCGAAAAGAACUGAACGCACUUAUCGGUCUCGGCGGGGAUAGCAAACGAAAGAAACCCAAGAAGGGCUCCGGUCACAGGCUGUUGAGGACAGAGCCUCCUGAUUCAGAUUCCGACACCAGCUCGGAUGAGGAUGACUUCAAUAGUUUAGGCGGCCGGACGUUACUCGGAACGAGGCCCAGGCCCCUCAUGGACCCCGUGAUCAUCAGAGGUGACCUUUUGCUUCCACUUCAUAUUCAGUUCCAAACUUCCCAACUCCAGACAAGGAGGCCCUUAUAAACCACCAUACAGAGCAAUUUCUGAAUUGUUUGGAGUAUAUCUGCGUUGUCUAGAUAGAUACUUUAUUAAUCCUGAGGGGAAAUUCACUGGAUUGUCUACCCUGCGUAAAGAGUGUAACAACUAUAUUUCAUAGGAUUCAGUGGUGGCUGAAGGAAUACUAGUGAGCUAAGAGGCUAACAUUCUUAAACUUAAGGGCCCCAGCUGUCUUUCUGUUAUGUAGGAAAGCGCAAGGUUCCUAUUGGUAUCCCUUCUGGCAUGUGCCACACACACUAUGUAUUAUUAAAAGUCU